AUGGAAGACAAGCGCCUCAACGAUCUCCUGAAAUGGAGCAUCAACGCCUCUACACAAAAAGAAGACAACACGACCGACUCGGCACCAGUACGAUCGCCCAACGCCGACGCCAUUGCCGCGCUGCUGGGCGGGCCCUCGGACGCCGACCUCAUGGUGGCCGCCAUGGAGAACGUCAUGUCGCCCGACCCCGAGAUCACCCUCGAGUCCAAGCUGACGGCGCUGGACAACCUGGAGCAGCUCAUUGAGUCGCUCGACAAUGCCAACCUGCUUUCCAAGCUCGGGCUCUGGACCCCGCUGCUCGAGCUGCUCGCCCACGACGAGGACGAGAUCCGCCGCAUGGCCGCCUGGGUCGUCGGUACUGCCGUCCAGAACAACGAGCCCUCCCAGGAGCGCCUCGUCGCCCUCGGCGGCCUCGAGAAGCUGGUUGCCAUGGUCCUGGGCGAGCGCGUCGCCAAGGGCGAUCAAGCCGUGGAUGCCGCUGCGGAGCCUGAGAAGAAGGACGUCAGGAGAAAGGCCGUCUAUGCGGUUAGCUCGGCAUGCAGAAACUACCAGCCCGCCAUGGACGUUGUGAGCAAGGAGCUGGCCAAGAGAGAAGGUAAAGAGGCGGACAAGGUCGACGCUGCAAAUAUGGAUGCCGUCGAUGUUGUCAUCAACGGCCUGAGGGAAAAGGUCGCGAGUGCGUAG